UCACUGAGCCGCCGGACUUUCCUGUGCUAGGCAGACGCAGGAGAAGUAGAAGUGUGCUGAAGAUUCUGGCUCGCAUUUCUGCGAUCAUAAUGCGCACGAGAGCGCUACAUGAUACUGCGCAAAUAGAGCGUACUCCUCAAAGGUAUGGUGAUAACGAAUCUAAAUUGAGUUCAACAGUGGAAAGAUCGUCGGCGAUACUUCGUGGGACCUUUGUUUCUGGAUAUGAUGAGGCGAUAGUUUGUUUUGGAUUCGCUACAUGCCUGCUACUCAAUAUCCCUUGGCUGUUCCUAGAUACUGCAUGUCAGUGAAUUCAGGGAGCAGAUCAAUAUCUCUGCUACA